AAGGGGAAUGUGGAGCCGAAGCUGCCUAUGGAAACACUGAAUACUGUGAAGAGGAAAAGGAAAUCAAGUGAUGUCCAAAAUGCCGAGUCUCGCACUGCUUCGAAAGGGAAGGACAAGGUACCGACGAUCAUCACGGGUGAGUCUGCGCCGAAGUCUCGUGUGCGCGAUUCCACUACACAUCCGCAACAGAAGGAGAAGAAUGGAGGCAAAAAUGGUGCUAAGAUGAUGAAGGUGGUGGAGGAAGCAGAAGGGAUUGCGUUGAAGGAGCUGCCUAUGGAAACACUGAAUAUUGUGAAGAGAAAAAGGAAAUCAAGUGAUGUACAAAAUGCCGAUUCCCACACUACUUCGACUGACAACAGAAAGCCACAACUUCAGAGAUCUGCUCGACUUAUGCUCAGUCCGCCUGAAAAUGAUCAUAAGUAGGCUAUAGAGUAACGUCUCUUUUUGGAGAAUCAAAAUAGAUUGCUUCAUUCCAAAAAAAUCCUUUUAACUUGUUGUUUGGAAUUGUUCGAAUACAUACAAUGGAUAUGUUGGUUCUCGGAUUUUACAAGCACCUAGUUAGACCAUC